AUGAGUUCCAUCGAGGUUAUACCGGGGAAGACUAGGAUCGGCUGGAUAGGGACGGGUGUGAUGGGCCGACCGAUGUGCGAAAAUAUCUUGAAGAAAGGAUUUUCUCUAACAGUGUACAACCGUACCGCCAGCAAAGCUGCUGCGCUGCAGCAGCUAGGUGCUGCUGUUGCUGCUACUGCAGCAGAAGUAGCAGCAGCAGUAGAUGUUCUUUGUAUUAUGGUGGGGACACCUGAUGAUGUUCAACAACUCAUCUUGGGUCCCGGUGGUGUAUCUUCUCGUCUUUCUCCCGGAGAUGUGGGGGCAAGGAAUGGGACGCUCACAGUGAUGGCUGGCGGAGACGCAAAAACAUUUGAGAAUCUUCGCCCCCUUUUUGAGGCAGUAGGAACAAAUAUCAUUCAUGCAGGGCCUGCAGGAUCAGGCCAGAGGAUGAAACUCUGCAACCAGAUUACCCUAUGUACAAACCUCGUCGGCCUGGCGGAAGGUCUUCUCUUCGCCGAACGGGCUGGGCUCGACAUUGAGAAGACUCUUGCAGUUCUUUCUGGAGGAGGAGCAGCGAGCUGGUCGGUGUCUACCUACGGACCCCGCAUCCGCGACGGCGACUUUCGUCCGGGUUUUUUUGUUCGUCAUUUAGUUAAGGAUUUACGAUUGGCUUUAAAUGAGGCAGCAAGAUUAAAACUGGCUCUACCAGGUUUAGGGUUGGCGCUGCAGCUGUAUCAGGCAUUAGAGGCACAAGGAGGAGGAUCCUUAGGAGUGCAUGCAUUAAAGAUCGCGUUAAAUAAUAUUAAUGCACAAAAUAAAUCUAUAGAGGAUGUUGUAGGACAACUCAAUUAA